AACUCGUCUCUUUCAUGCUCUUUCUCUCUCUCUCUCUCUCUCUCUCUCUCGGUGUAAAACACGAGACGAGACGAGACACCGAGGGGUCAUCGCCGUCUGCGUUAGUUCAUUCUUGAUGCGCAUGCGGUGUUUCCUCCGAACUCCAAUCUUCAAAACCCUCGUAACCGUCAACUCUUCAAUCUCAUUCCUCCCUCCUCCUCACUCGCCAGUAACCGCCAAUCUCCGAUUCCCAAUGGCGGCGGCGGCGGCAAUCCACACCGAAGCAGGUCUCGCUCGCCGUUUCUGGAUCAAGUUCGCUCGCGAGUCCAUCUUCGCCAUGUACACUCCCUUCGCCAUCUCCUUGGCCUCCGGUAACUUGAAGAUUGACUCCUUCCGCCACUACAUCGCUCAGGAUGUUCAUUUCCUCCGCGCUUUUGCUCGAGCGUAUGAGUUGGCUGAAGAGUGUACUGAUGAUGAUGAUGCAAAGCUUGAAUUCUCUGAGUUGAGAAAGGCAGUUUCAGAGGAGAUGAAGAUGCAUCAGUCAUUGGUACAGGAAUGGGGGUUGGACCUUGCCAAAGAGCAUAGCAUUAAUUCCGCAACAGUUAAGUACACAGACUUCCUGUUGGCUACAGCCUCUGGAAAGAUUGAAGGACUAAAAGGUCCUGGUAAAUUGGCCACCCCAUUUGAGAAAACAAAAAUUGCUGCUUAUACUUUAGGUGCUGUGACACCUUGCAUGAGGCUUUAUGCCUUUUUGGGUAAGAAGUUCAAGGAACUUCUGGACUCCAAUGAAAGUGCCCAUCCGUACAAGAAGUGGAUCGACAACUAUUCCUCUGAUGGUUUCCAGGCUUCUGCUCUGCAAACUGAAGAUUUGCUCGACAAAAUAAGUGUCUAUUUGACUGGCGAAGAACUUGAUGUCAUUGAAAAGCUUUAUUACCAAGCAAUGAAGCUUGAAAUAGACUUCUUCUCUGCUCAACAACUUUCUCAGCCAACUAUUGUACCAUUGACUAAAGGCCAUAACCCAGCAGAAGAUCAUCUCAUGAUUUUUUCUGAUUUUGAUUUAACAUGCACUGUUGUCGAUUCAUCUGCCAUUUUGGCAGAAAUUGCUAUAGUGACAGCACCAAAAUCUGAUCAGAAUCAGCCUGAAGAUCAAAUUGUUCGAAUGACAUCUUCUGAUCUCAGGAAUACAUGGAGUUCUCUAUCCAAACAGUAUACAGAGGAGUACGAGCAAUGCAUAGAAAACAUUAUGCCUGCCAAAAGAUUGGACCAUUUUGAUUAUAAAGAACUGUCUAUAGCACUGGAGCAACUCUCAAAAUUUGAGAAUACAGCAAAUAAUAGGGUUAUUGAGUCAGGGGUUCUCAAGGGUAUAAAUCUAGAAGAUAUAAAGCGUGCUGGAGAGCGUUUGAACCUUCAAGAUGGUUGCACUAACUUCUUUCAGAGGAUUGUUAAGAAUGAAAAUUUGAAUGCCAAUGUGCAUGUUCUUUCAUACUGCUGGUGCAGUGACCUCAUUAAAUCUGCUUUCUCUUCAGCUGAUUUAAAUGAGUUGAAUAUUCAUGCUAAUGACUUCACGUAUGAGGGAUCUGUUUCGACGGGUGACAUUGUUAAGAAGGUGGAGUCUCCCAUUGACAAGGUCCAACAAUUUCGUAGUAUAUUGAAAAAUUGCAACAAUGACAAGAAGAAAUUAACUGUUUACAUUGGAGACUCAUUGGGUGAUCUACUUUGUCUACUCGAAGCAGAUGUAGGAAUUGUGAUUGGUUCAAGUUCAAGCCUUAGGACUGUUGGGACGCAAUUCGGUGUUUCAUUUGUCCCAUUGUUUUCUGGCUUGGUUAAGAAACAGAAAGAUUACAUUGAAGGAAGCUCUUCUAAUUGGAAGGGUAAAUCUGGCAUUCUUUACACAGUCUCUAGUUGGGCUGAAGUGCAUGCUUUUAUUUUGGGUUGCUAGUCUUAUUUUGCGUCUCACGCACCCAAGUUCAUGCUAGGCUAAAACAAAGAAACAUAUAAAUAUAUAGUGCAAUACAAAUACGCAAGCAGGUGGCUUAUUUUAAAAGCGGCCACAGAUUUUGUGCUGUCUCUGUUAUUUCUCGUACAGGAUGUUGCAAUUCAGAAACAUGGUGUCAUUCUUCUGAUUAAUGGAUAUGCUGUAACCAGGGUAUCUGCUGUUCCCUGGAAUUUUUCUCAAGUGUUUCUCUGAUAUCUGUUGUUGAUAUCUUUACCCUUAAAUCUUGUCAGGUAUGAGAAAUUUCAGACAGCAAUAAUUCAAAUGCUUGUUAGAACAGGGCAUCAAUUCAGACUUUGAAGUGUUGUAGUGAUGUUUAGUAGGCUAUUGUAGUUCUGCAGAGAUCCUGUGUAUUUUCAGAUGACUCCUUGAUCUUUUAUGAAUGCAGAAAUGUUCUUUA